AUGUCACGAUUUGCAGCCCAAAACUUUAAUGCUAAGGUAUAUGCAGAGGCGAGACCGAGCUAUGUGCCAAAGAUAUACGAAUUGAUCCGCGAUUUCCACCAAGGGGGGUAUGAUGCAGUUGUCGACGCCGGCUGCGGGCCAGGCAUGGGGACAGAGGGAUUGCUCGAUAUGGGCUUUAGGGAUGUUUACGCUAUAGAUCCGAGUGAGGUAAUGCUCAAUGAAGGCAAGAAAACCCGCUCUCGAGCUGAUGACAUCCAAUGGAUUGUCGGAUCCAGCGAGGUUCUCUCCCAGAGGCUGCCGCAGAAGGUGGACAUGGUGACUUCUUUUGAAGCCGCUCAUUGGAUGGACCACGCCAAGACUUGGGAGGAGUGCUUCAAUGUUCUCAAUCCAGGUGGCACAGUUGCACACGUUAUGUACGGUCACAUACAGCUACUCGGUAACGAAAAGGCCUCUGAACUCAUCCUCGACCUAGCCUUCAACAAACUCAAAGCAUACUUCAAACCACAGCACAAAGUCGCUUACGAGCUCAUGGACGAUAUUAGUCCCCCAGCAUGGGCAUCGCGGGUGGAGAGACACAAGUUCUUAGUGAAUCCCAAGGAAGAUGAGAACGGCUGUAUAAUGAAAAGAGAUACUACUCUCGCGGCUCUCGCUAGCCAUGUGAACAGCUGGAGUCCAAUGGAUCAAUACAAGGAAGAACACCCCGGAACAACCAUCGUGUCUGACUUUAUGGAGGAUAUGAUGCGCGCUUACAACGCUAAAGACGUCGAUCAUCCGAUCACUAUGGCUUGGUCAAUGGCAGUCUUGCUUGUGUCCAGAUAA